AUGUGGAAGAGAAAGCUGCAGAUCAGCAGGACUCGAGCCUCACGCAGGAACAGCACGGCUGUGGCUGAAAAAACAGAAGUAUUAAGUGAAGACCUGUUACAGGUGGAGAAACGUCUGGAGCUGGUCAAGCAGGUUUCCCACAGCACACACAAGAAGUUGACUGCUUGUCUGCAGGGCCAGCAGGGAGUGGACGUUGACAAGAAGUCUGUCAGGUCGCCCUCGAAAAAGCUUCCUCUCACAACACUAGCACAAUGUAUGGUGGACGGGGCGGCAGUGCUCGGAGACGAGUCUCUACUAGGGAAAAUGCUGAAGCUCUGCGGCGAGACGCAGGACAGGCUCGCUCAGGAGCUCAUCCUGUUCGAGCUCACCACGGAGAGAGACGUCAUCGAGCCGCUGUACGACCUCGCAGAGGUGGAAAUCCCAAACAUCCAGAAACAAAGGAAACACUUAGCAAAGCUGGUCCUGGACAUGGACUCUGCACGCACACGGUAUUAUCAGUCCACUAAGUCUUCAGGGUUGUCCAGCAACCUGCAGCCGACAGGAGCCAAGGCCGACCACCUCAGGGAAGAGAUGGAGGAGGCAGCCAACCGCAUGGAGAUCUGUCGAGACCAGUUAUCAGCAGACAUGUACAGUUUUGUGGCCAAAGAAAUUGACUAUGCAAGCUACUUCCAGACACUGAUAGAAGUCCAGGCGGAGUACCACAGGAAGUCAUUAGAGCUGCUUCAGAGUGUUCUGCCCCAGAUCAAAGCUCAUCAGGAGACCUGGGUGGAGAAACCGUGCUAUGGGAAACCAUUAGAGGAGCACUUAGCGCUCAGCGGGAGAGAUAUUGCCUUUCCCAUCGAGGCCUGUGUCACCAUGCUGCUGGAGUGUGGUAUGCAGGAGGAGGGUUUGUUCAGAAUCGCCCCCUCCGCCUCCAAACUGAAGAAGCUGAAGGCGUCCUUGGACUGCGGGGUGUUAGACGUCCAGGAGUACUCUGCAGACCCGCACGCCAUCGCAGGUGCUUUGAAGUCCUACCUGCGGGAGCUCCCUGAGCCUUUAAUGAGCUUUGAACUCUACAACGACUGGAUCCAGGCCUCCAACAUUCAAGAUCAAGACAAGAGGCUGCAGGCUCUCCUCAACGCCUGUGAGAAACUACCCCCAGCCAACAAUAACAACUUCAAGUAUUUGAUCAAAUUCCUCUCCAAACUGACUGAGUACCAGGAUGUAAACAAGAUGACACCUGGAAACAUCGCUAUUGUCCUUGGACCCAACCUGCUGUGGACACACAAUGAAGGCAACAUCACAGAGAUGAUGACAACAGUUUCCCUGCAGAUCGUUGGUAUCAUCGAGCCCAUCAUCCAGCACGCCGACUGGUUCUUCCCUGGAGAAAUCGAGUUCAACGUCACAGGGAACUACGGAAGCCCCGUCCACACCAACCACAACGCCAACUACAGCUCGAUGCCGUCUCCAGACAUGGAUCAGAUCGACCGCAAGCAGAGCGAUCAGAGCCGACGGCCACUCAGCGUCGCCACGGACAACAUGAUGCUGGAGUUCUAUAAGAAGGACGGCAUUAGGAAGAUACAAAGCAUGGGUGUCAGGGUGAUGGACACUUCUUGGGUGUCGCGCAGGGGCUCCUCGUCCACGCGUAAAGCCUCCUCCACGCCACCGAGCGUGCAUCCCCCCAUCCCGCCCACUGACGCUCUCAUCCCCGAGCAGCCUGGGGAAUUCUCUGCCUCCCCCUCCCCCACCCCUCCUCCCACUAGCAGUGACCGAGCCAGCUCGGAUGAUGCAUCCUCCAAUUGGUCGGACUCCUGUUACGCCUACCCCUCCCCUGAGGAGGACAGGCCGCCUCCCCCUUACCCAUCUUCCUCAUCUUCCUCCUCCUCCUCUUGCUCUUCCUUCUCGCUCCCUCAUCACCAUUUCUACACCCGAGCACCUCCGGGUAUGCGUCCCGUUGCUCCCAGCCCCGAGUCCGUGCCUUCCGGCCCGCCCCCCCCCCCCCGCCGCUCCGGCUACAGCCCACCCCCACUCCCCCACUCCCUCUGCCCGUCCCCUCAGCAGCUUGACGUCAACUCCAACCCCAAACCCAGCUCCCUGCACCUUCCCAAACAGGCCUCCUUGUCCGAUGCUCCGCAUGCGCCCCUGUCUGAAACGAAUGGCUCCACCCUUUACAUCAAACCCCCGCUCGUUCUUACACGUCACGAUCUGUUCCUGGGCUCCCCCAAACCCCCCAACACUCCCCUAUCUGCUCCCCCUCCAUGGGCAGCCUGUGCCUGUAGCCGAGAGCGAGGAGCCAAGCUGACUAGCACUCUGAAGAACAAGGAGCUGUCUCCAGUGAUUGGCCAGAAGGGAAUCCAGGGAACGAUGACCUCUUGUGGACAGUCGCAGCACUCUGAGCACAGCCCACACACCCUGAGGAGAGGUAAUAAGGGCCUGGCCCCCAUCCCCCCUAAAGGCCCUUACUGUCAGACAGGAGCCAUGUCCGACCAGUCGACAGGUCAGCCGUCUCCAGUCAGCUUGUCGCCCACUCCUCCCAGCACCCCCUCCCCGUAUGGCUUCAGCUACCCGCAGGGAUACGCCACCAUCGGCUCCCCGGGUCAGAUCCAGGCGGCCACCACCCCGUCCCUCUCCUCUCCGCCCUCGCUGGCCGGGACUCUCACCAAGGCCAGGCCGACCCCCAAGCCACCCCGGCAGAGGCCCAGCUUACCUCCUCCUCAGCCCCCCACCACGCCCGGCGCCAGUCCCCAGCCUCUGGAGCAUUCAGCAGGUCUCCUGGACGGUUUGUCUCCUGGGGAAAGCAUGUCCACAGAUUCUCUCUGCAACCUGGACAUCCCCGUCAUUAACAUGGAACUGGACGGUCUUUUUGACUUGCCCCACAUCUCCCCCUUCAGGAACUCAGUGGCGCUGCUCGAGUUGACCAACAACAGAGCAGAGUCGGAGGAAGAGUCUGAGAGCACAGUGCUAUGAUGCCACUGAGUCCCCCCUAAACCCCCACCCCUGCAGGCUGAUUAAAUGAAACACAAUGCUACUGCUGCACCGUGUCGC